GAAGGGAGAUAGCGGCAACAAUAUGGCGACAACCGCAGUUUCUCCUGAACCUUUCGGACAUCCGCAGUUCAGCGACGCCUUUCUGGAUUUCUUUUAAUGUUGAAAAAAAGCUGGCUGCCCUGGAUGGUACAUAACUAAAGAAGAAGUUGCUGCAGGAUGAAAACAUGGCUGCACCCAUUUUCGCACCGCCAGGACCUGAGAGCUUCAAGAGGUUCACCCCAGAAACUUUGGCCAAUAUCGAGAAGCGCAUCAAUGAACAGAAGAAGAAGAAGCCGCCAAAGUCUGAUAGCAGUCAUCGCGACGACGAUGAUGACAACAAAGACCGUCCCAACACCGACCUGGAGGCUGGCCGUAGCGUGCCCUAUAUCUACGGGGACAUUCCUCCGGGUAUGGUGACAGUGCCACUGGAGGACAUUGACCCAUUCUAUGCAGAUAAGCAAACAUUUAUAGUACUUAACAAGGGGAAAACAAUCUUCCGCUUUAAUGCUACGCCCUCAUUGUACAUCAUAAGUCCAUUUAAUUGUUUUAGGCAAAUAGCUAUUAAAAUUUUGAUACAUUCUCUCUUCAGCAUGAUCAUUAUGUGUACUAUUUUGACCAACUGUGUAUUUAUGACCUUCAGUAAUCCUCCGGAGUGGUCCAAACAAGUAGAGUACACUUUCACCGGCAUCUAUACAUUUGAAUCACUCACAAAAAUAGUUGCCAGAGGAUUUUGUAUAGGUGGCUUUACGUUCUUACGGGACCCAUGGAAUUGGCUGGACUUCAUGGUGAUCUCCAUGGCAUAUGUGACAGAGUUUGUGGACCUGGGGAACGUCUCUGCACUGAGAACGUUCAGAGUUCUCCGAGCGUUGAAAACUAUCUCUGUCAUUCCAGGCCUGAAGACCAUUGUAGGUGCACUAAUCCAGUCAGUGAAGAAGCUAUCGGACGUGAUGAUCCUCACUGUCUUUUGCUUGAGCGUCUUCGCCCUGAUUGGCCUGCAGCUUUUUAUGGGGAACCUGCGGCAGAAGUGUGUCAUAUGGCCCAUCAAUUCCACUGAGAAUUACCUUAGCAAUGGCAGCAAGGGCUUCAACUUCAACGAGUACAUCAUGAAUGACACCAAUUUCUACUUUAUACCUGGACAGUUAGAUGCUCUUUUGUGUGGAAAUAGCUCUGAUUCUGGCCGAUGUCCUGAAGGAUACACUUGCAUGAAGGCAGGGAAGAACCCAAACUACGGCUACACCAGUUUCGAUAGCUUCGGCUGGGCUUUCCUGGCUCUCUUCCGUCUCAUGACACAGGACUUCUGGGAGAACUUGUACCAGCUGACACUCAGGGCUGCGGGCAAGACCUACAUGAUCUUCUUCGUGCUGGUGAUCUUUGUGGGCUCCUUCUACCUGGUGAACCUGAUCCUGGCCGUGGUGGCCAUGGCCUAUGAGGAGCAGAACCAGGCCACGAUGGAGGAGGCUGAGCAGAAAGAGGCUGAAUUUAAGGCCAUGCUGGAGCAGCUGAAGAAACAGCAGGAAGAAGCUCAGGCCGCCGCUACAGCCACCCCAGCAGGUACGGUAUCAGAGGACGCCGUGGAGGAUGACGGUGGGGGGCGCCUGUCGCGGAGCUCCUCCGAAAUCUCCAAGCUGAGCUCCAAGAGCGCAAAGGAGCGCCGCAACCGCAAGAAGAAAUGGCGGCAGAAGGAGCAGUUGAGGGGCGAGGAGAAGGGCGACAGCGAGAAGAUCGUUACUGAGUCUGACGAAGGCAGCAAAAGGAGCCGCUUCCGCUUCCCAGACAGCCGGCUGGGCCGGAGGACGUCCAUCAUGAACCAGUCCCUCCUCAGCAUCCCCGGGUCGCCUUUCCUGUCACGCCAGAACAGCAAAAGCAGCAUCUUCAGCUUCAAGGGCCGCUCCAAGGACGUGGGCUCGGAGAACGAGUUUGCAGACGACGAGCACAGCACGGUGGAGGAGAGCGAGGAGCGCCGGGGCUCCCUCUUCAUCCCGUACCGGCGCAGCAGCUACAGCGGCUACAGCCAGGGCUCGUCCCGCAUCCAUCCGCUGGCCCCACAUGGCAAGAGAAACAGCACGGUGGACUGUAACGGCGUGGUCUCACUCAUCGGGCCUGGUCCGGGCGGACGCCUUCUGCCUGAGGUGAUAAUAGAUAAGGCAGCUACUGAUGACAGUCAAACCACUGAGGUUGGGGUGAAGAAGAAACAUUCAGGCUCCCUGAUGGUGUCUGUGGACCAGCUCAACACCUCCUUUGGUCGCAAGGACCGAGCCAACAGUGUCAUGAGUGUUAUCACCAACACUUUGGUGGAGGAACUGGAAGAGUCCCAGCGAAAGUGUCCACCAUGCUGGUAUAAAUUUGCAAACACCUUCCUUAUCUGGGAAUGCUGCCCUGUGUGGCUAAAGAUCAAGGAGAUCGUGAACCUGAUUGUGAUGGACCCGUUCGUAGACCUUGCCAUCACCAUUUGCAUUGUUCUCAACACCCUCUUCAUGGCCAUGGAGCACUACCCCAUGACACCCCACUUUGCGGAAGUCCUGUCGGUUGGAAACCUGGUGUUCACAGGAAUCUUUACAGCUGAGAUGUUUGCCAAGCUCGUUGCUAUGGACCCAUAUUACUACUUCCAGGAGGGUUGGAACAUCUUUGAUGGCUUCAUUGUGAGCCUGAGCUUGGUGGAGCUGGGCCUAGCUGAUGUGGAGGGUCUUUCCGUGCUGAGAUCAUUCAGAUUGCUGAGAGUGUUCAAGUUGGCAAAGUCAUGGCCCACUCUUAACAUGCUCAUCAAGAUCAUUGGGAACUCCGUGGGUGCCCUGGGUAACCUGACCCUGGUGCUGGCCAUCAUCGUUUUCAUCUUUGCCGUGGUGGGCAUGCAGCUCUUCGGCAAGAGCUACAAGGACUGCGUCUGCAAGAUCGCGCAGGACUGCGAGCUUCCGCGCUGGCACAUGAACGAUUUCUUUCACUCCUUCCUGAUCGUGUUCCGGGUGCUGUGCGGCGAAUGGAUUGAGACCAUGUGGGACUGCAUGGAGGUGGCCGGUCAGACCAUGUGCCUCACCGUCUUCAUGAUGGUCAUGGUCAUUGGAAACCUGGUGGUAUUGAACCUGUUCCUUGCCCUGCUUCUGAGCUCAUUCAGUGCUGACAACCUGGCUGCUACAGAUGAUGAUGGUGAGAUGAACAACCUGCAGAUAUCUGUCAUUCGCAUUAAGAAGGGCAUUGCCUGGGCAAAGGUCAAGAUACGGGUACUGAUCGCCACAAUCCUGAAGAAGAAGGAGAGUGAUGAGGCAUACGACAAGAAGCUGUGCAUCGGCAACCACACGGGUGUGGACAUAAACCGCGAACUGGAUUACCAGAAAAACGGCAACGGCACCACCAGUGGGAUUGGAAGCAGCGUGGGGAAAUACAUGAUUGACGAAGACCGCAUGUCCUUCAUCCACAACCCGAAUCUCACCGUGCGGGUUCCUAUUGCCGUGGGAGAGUCAGACUUUGAGAACCUUAACACCGAAGACUUCAGCAGCGAGUCAGAUGCCGAGGGGAGCAAAGAUCUGGAUGACACCAGUUCAUCAGAGGGGAGCACCAUCGACAUCAAGCCCGACGUUGAGGAUGUGGUGGUUGUGGAGGCAGCGGAGGAGUACUUGGACCCGGACGCAUGCUGGACAGAGGCCUGCAUUGCACGGUACAAGUGCUGCGAUGUGCCCAUCACUGAGGGCUGGGGGAAGUACUGGUGGUACCUGAGGAAGACCUGCUACCUGAUUGUGGAGCACAACUGGUUUGAGACCCUCAUCAUCUUCAUGAUCCUGCUCAGCAGUGGGGCACUGGCUUUUGAAGAUGUGUACAUUGAGCAGAGGAAGACCAUUCGUAUCAUCCUGGAGUAUGCUGAUAGAGUGUUCACAUACAUCUUCAUUCUGGAGAUGUUACUCAAGUGGGUGGCCUACGGAUUUGUCAAGUACUUCACCAAUGCUUGGUGCUGGUUGGAUUUCUUCAUAGUGGAUGUGUCUAUAGUCAGCCUUAUAGCUAAUGCCCUGGGCUACUCCGAUCUAGGGCCUAUUAAAUCUCUCAGGACACUAAGGGCGCUGAGACCCCUCAGGGCUCUGUCACGUUUUGAAGGGAUGAGGGUGGUGGUCAACGCCUUGGUGGGCGCCAUCCCUUCCAUUAUGAAUGUGUUGCUGGUUUGCCUCAUCUUUUGGCUGAUUUUCAGUAUCAUGGGUGUCAACCUGUUCGCUGGGAAAUAUUACUACUGCUAUAACGAGACCUCAGAGGAGUACUUUGACCCCAGCGUUGUCAAUAACAAGACGCAGUGCUUCCAGUACAUCAAUGCUAACUAUACUGAGGUUCGGUGGAAGAAUGUCAAGAUCAACUUUGACAACGUAGGUGCUGGAUACCUGGCCUUACUACAAGUGGCCACAUUUAAAGGCUGGAUGGAUAUCAUGUAUGCAGCUGUGGACUCCAGAAAGGUGGAAGAUCAACCAAUCUAUGAGGACAAUAUCUAUAUGUAUAUAUAUUUUGUUAUAUUCAUCAUCUUCGGCUCAUUCUUCACCCUCAACCUCUUCAUCGGUGUAAUCAUCGACAACUUCAACCAGCAGAAGAAAAAGUUUGGAGGUCAGGACAUCUUUAUGACAGAGGAACAGAAAAAAUACUACAAUGCUAUGAAAAAACUGGGCUCCAAGAAACCACAAAAGCCCAUCCCUAGGCCAUCGAACAAGAUUCAAGGGAUGGUGUUUGACUUUGUGACGCAGCAGGUUUUCGACAUAUCCAUCAUGAUCCUGAUCAUCCUGAACAUGGUUACCAUGAUGGUGGAAACUGAUGACCAGACGGCAGAAAUGGAGAACAUUCUUUAUUGGAUCAACUUCAUUUUCAUUGUUGCUUUCACCAGUGAAUUUGUCCUGAAGCUCUUUUCCUUACGCCAUUACUAUUUCACUAUUGGCUGGAAUAUCUUUGACGUAGUUGUGGUCAUCCUCUCAAUUGUGGGUAUGUUCCUGGCGGACCUGAUUGAGAAAUACUUUGUUUCACCAACUCUCUUCAGGGUGAUCCGUCUGGCCCGAAUCGGUCGCAUUCUGCGUUUGAUCAAGGGGGCCAAGGGAAUCCGGACAUUGCUGUUUGCACUGAUGAUGUCACUUCCUGCCUUGUUCAACAUUGGUCUGCUUCUUUUUCUGGUCAUGUUCAUUUUCUCGAUCUUUGGCAUGUCCAACUUUGCCUAUGUUAAGAGGGGGGCUGGGAUUGAUGACAUGUACAACUUUGAGACUUUCGGCAACAGCAUGAUCUGUUUGUUCAUGAUCACAACCUCAGCGGGCUGGGAUGGCCUGCUGUUGCCGAUCCUUAACUACCCACCCGAUUGCAGCCCAGACAAGGAGAACCCAGGCACUUCAGUGAAGGGGGACUGUGGCAACCCCUCUGUUGGCAUCUUCUUCUUUGUCAUGUACAUCAUCAUCUCUUUCCUCAUUGUGGUCAACAUGUAUAUUGCCAUCAUUCUUGAGAACUUCAGCGUGGCCACUGAGGAGAGUGCGGAUCCACUGAGUGAAGAUGAUUUUGAAACCUUCUAUGAGAUUUGGGAGAAGUUUGACCCAGACGCGUCGCAGUUCAUCGCCUACGAGAAGCUGUCGGACUUUGCGGAUGCGCUGGAACACCCGCUGCGGGUGCCUAAGCCCAACACCAUCGAGCUGAUCGCCAUGGACAUGCCCAUGGUGAGUGGAGAUCGCAUCCACUGCCUGGACAUCCUGUUUGCCUUCACCAAGCGCGUCCUGGGUGACAGCGGCGAGCUGGACAUGCUGCGGCAGCAGAUGGAGGAGCGUUUCGUGGCUGCAAACCCUUCCAAGGUGUCUUAUGAGCCCAUCACAACCACUCUCCGUCGCAAGCAGGAGGAAGUGUCGGCCAUUGUUAUCCAGCGUGCUUACCGUGCCCACCUGGCUAGACGGGGCUUCGUCCCCAAGCAGAGGGCCGGCAACAACAAACUAGAGAACGGAGGGAACAAUCAGGAAAAAUUAGGGGGUACCCCCUCCACCGCAUCCCUCCCCUCAUAUGACAGUGUAACAAAACCUGAUAAGGAGAAACAGGAGGAAAAUGACGGGAGAGGCAGAAAAGAAAAGGGCAGAAACCAAAAGGACAUCAGGGAAUCUAAGUGUUAAAAUGAAUUAACAAUAACGAUAAUAAAUUCAAGCAAGAGAAAAGGAAUCCCUGAAUCCAUACUAAAUAAAUGUACAGAUAAUUUCGUUUGCAAUUAAAAAAAGAGAAAAAAAACACAAAAAGAAUUGUUUACAGACUUCUGAAAAGUAUCAAUGCAGAAGAAGCAGCUCGGUUUCUUACAGCUUUGAAGACACUUAAACCAAACAUACUGUAAUCAGCUUACUGUGUGACUGUCACAUCAAGACUACAAUUUGGAAAAAAAGAUCUGAACAAAUAAGGAAAGAGUUCUGCACUGGCAGAUGGUGGACCAUGUUUCCUGGGAGACUGUCUGCAACAAGACAGAAAGGUGCUUGGAGAAGGAUAGACGUGAAAGAUGAGACCUCCAGGACUUGGGCACAAUUAAUGCCUCUGUAGAGUUUUCUCAAAGAAGCGCACCUGCUGUGACUUUCUUAAGCAUUCAGGAGCGUUUUGUCUGUCAUUUCCUGUAAUGGAAACACCGAAAUGACAGAAUACAACAAGAUCAAAUAAAAGCAAACUUAAAAUAGGAAAAUGAGAGAAUGAACAAACUAUAGGUUUUUCUGUUUGACCAAUGCUGAAUAUACCUGCAUCUUAACAUUAUUUGAGCAGCAUAAAAUGGGAAAAAGAGGAAAAAAAUCAUUCAACAGUCAGCCCAUGUCACUAAAGUCUUCUCAUUUUAUCUUUGUUAUACCUGCAUUACAAAAGAAGUUUUCUACAUGGCCUUUCACACCGAUUGGGAAGGGGGAAUUAAUUAAGGUUUUGACUUGGGCUGAAGGGGACUUGCUCAGACAGAUUUCCAAAUAAGUAAAUAAUUGUUCUCGUUCAAUGCAUAGAAAUGACUUGCAUGAUGGCAUGUUUUGAUCAGGAAUCUUGCAUGAAUAAUCAUAGUCCACAAGACACUAAUACUUGGACCACAACAGUGGCUUGACUGUAAGUUUGAGGCUGUCCACUGGAAAACUAAAAUGAAGAAAUUGAUUAUUGUUACUCUGAUAAUGGUACACUAUGCUGAGUAGAGCAUCCAAAAUCCUACCCUUUAUGAUUCUUUCUUAUCAACUGACAGGUUUUUUCAUUGAAACCUCAGUAGUUGAUGUUCCAACAACACAUCUGGCCCAUUAAAAGGAUGAAUUUUGCUGUUCUGGAUUAUUAUGAAUGUCGGAUUGGUUAGAGUGAUCAUUUAUAUGUAGAGAACACUAGAAGGAAAGCACUGAUGGAAUAACUGAAACUGUAAGGUAAAUCUUGGGUAUGCAACCUCUUCCUUUAUAUACAGCAAUAUAGUUUACUGGCCAGUCAUUUGUGACUUUUUUUGUAGUAAGAAGACAUAAUGGAAUGUCAAGGUGGUGGUCAGAGCUGAAGUUGAGGACUUAGGGGUAUAGUGUGCUGAUUUACAUUUAUUUUAAUACCUCCCAAGGCUUAAUAUUGAGAGAGAGAGUAUAUCAAAGUAACAGCCUUGAGAUAUGUAUACUUUUUUAAAAAACAGGAUCUAAUUGCUGUUGUUAAUUUUUUUUUCAUUGUUUUUCCUUUAAAUACUGUGUUUUUCUUUUUCUUGCCUUUUUGUCAUAUCAUUGUGGUAAAUUUGUCUGUACUUUUUUUAAAUAUUGAAUUUAGUUGGUAUUAUGUUUUAACUCCAUUAAAGACAAGAAUUAUGCAUUAGAUGACAGGAAUGCUCAGGAGAGAGGGGGAGCACGGUGUGAGCUGUUGCUGAUGAAGAAGGAGAAACCAAGGUGGCUUUGCUUUUUUGUACAAGACCUGCCAUAGAUUGACUGAGAAACCCUGAAUAUUACAGGGAUAUGCUGUAAGGAACAGAAGUAGAGAACUGUUUUCAUUGUCAAAUGACAAGACUGAAUGCUAUGCAUGUAGACUUUACCGCCCAUUCUCAGGAGAACUUGUUUAAGUAUUUUUAUGAGCUAAGAACAAGCAAAUAUGAAACCUAAAUAUAACAAAGAAAAGCCUUUCAAUUUUAGUUUCCAUGACGUGUAGUGUUGGCUAGUUCAUGCGAAAGGUCAUGGCUGAGCCCCUCAGAUGGGCCAUGCCGCUGGACGACCUGUUUGGUAUUUUUCCGUAGAGAGUUUGUCCAAAGCAAAACAAUAGUGAUAUUAUCCCCCUCUGCAUACACUCAUUUAUAGUAAGAGUAUAGUGGAGAUUGGAGUGAGUACAAUGAUGAGACAUCACAGGAAAUGGCUUAAAUGUGGUUGUAUAAACUGCACACAUGUGAGACGUGUAUGGUUGGGGUUUCAACAGAAACCUCUCGGGUCUAUCAGCUCUGAAUAAGUGUUAUGAUUGCUGGACAGCCAUAUUUCUGUAGAGGAAACAAAUCCCAAACAAAUGCCAAAUAGCAUACAGAGCACUGGACGCAUCUUACUGUGAGCCGAGACACACCACACCAGAGCUUUUGCACUUCCUGUUGUGCAGUGAUGUCACUUCCUGUUUAUGAAUCCCCCUCCCCUUUCGAGUUUUUUGGUCCAGUUGCUGCAUGAGGUCUCCAAAUCAGUGUGGGUGUCGACUUGAACCAAAUAAACUCUGAUUGAAAACCAUAAAAACAAAUAAUGGCAUCCAUUUUUUUCUGUACCCAUCUAGGAUAUAAUGUAUAAAACAAAAGUAAUCACAUUAAUUAAAAAAUAUGUACAGAACAGGCUAUGUUGUAAACGGCACAAAAUGCUGAAAAGUUAAGGAUGAACUUUUUAAGAGAUUAUAAAUAAUGUAAUAUAUAAUUUUAUUUUAACGGCAUGCAUAGUCUUUUGUAAAUACAGAAAUUUAAAAUACAACUACUACUAUUAAUCUAAUAACAAAUAUUAAUAACAAUAGAAUGGCUUCCAGCUGAUGCCCUGUCACGUUUGAUAGACUGUGACACAUUCGUUAGAUUAUAUAGGUUUUUUGAGACACUUUUCACAGUAUAGCGGGGAAUCAAUAAAAAAAAAAACUAUUAAAAGCAAAAAAGUAUAUCUAUCUAAUAUACACAUACACAAACACACACAUGCAUAUUAUAUAUACAUAUAUAGUGUAUGUAUACACACACCUCACACAUAUAUACAUUAUACGGCCCGUCACUUUCCUUACUCCUUGUCCCUGCUCGCCCCUGCAGUACUACCGACAGUAGUUGCUCAUGAUAUGUACACAGUAUUGUACAAGCUGCUUGGUUAAGAUUGUGUAGCCGGUGAUGGUGAGAGGAUUGCGCUGCCCCCCCCCCCCCCCCCCCCCCCGUUUUUGUACAUCUCUGAAAUUGCCCUGCCCAUCCACCCCUCACCUACACAUACAUGCGUCGAAACCCACACAUACGAUACCUUUCCUGGCCCGAAAGCCGACUCUCACCCACAAGCAGAUCAUAAGUGUAUCCCGGCUCUCAUUCACGCGGCAUGGCAGAAUUUUGUGCUGACCUUGUCCGUACUUCCGAUGGCUCCCUCGAAGCACACCAGUGCCAUUGAAUUUUGAUAUUUAUGUGUUUCACUCAUAUUUACUUUUUAUAUUCAGUCCAGUUUGUUUCAAGCGCAAUUUCUCUUGACGGCAUGUGCCUUUUUUUCUGCUGUUUUUGGUAAAAAAAUAAAUAAAAAUCUGAUGCUACACCAAAAUCUUUAAGCCUUGGGAACUAGUUUAAUGGAGCAUAAAGGGAAACAGCUACCAGUAACAUAAUUACGUAUCAAUACGAGACUGCAAACAGUAAGACGGUGUUUUUUACAACAUGGGACAUUUAAAACAUUCAGUUAUGGCUUAGUCUGUUUUGUCACUGGGCUACUGAAAAAGGAGCUUGCCAUUUAAACCUGUUUCAGGCUUCUGUUCAUUUUUGACAUCUGUUUCUUUAUUUUUCUAUUGAUAUUUAUUCUGUAACUAUUUUAUUUUUGUAGCAUGAUUGAAAUGCUAUUUUUUUCGCUGAAAAUAAAAAGUGCUUAUUGGUUGUUGUUAUCAUUUGCCUAUAUAAUGACUUAGGAGAGGAGACAGUGUGUUGAACAACCACUUGGACUCUAAGUAAGAACUUAAGAACGAAUGUCUUCAUUUGAGCACGAACUUUUUUCUUAACAAUAAAGCAGCCUUCCAGUUA